GCAAGUCUACCCUGACGGCUAGUAACAGCAGUUCCACCUUAACAAACAAUUUAAAAUGUUGUUCUAGCUAUCUUAUUUCGUUUUAACUAUUUAAAGAUCGCUAUAUUAAAUUCAUAUCUCGACGUUACAACCCGAAGAGGGCCACCCUCUUCGAGAUUGAUCCCUUCGUUGGCGUGGAAAACGCGGGUCAGCUGAGACAUGUCGUGUGAAGAAAGCUACUUGGCCAUCAUACGUUAUCUGACUGAUGAACGGGAGCCAUACGCGCCGGGGACUCCAGGAAAUACUAAGAGAAAAAUCCGUAAAGCGGCUACCUGUUAUGUGGUGAGGAAUGGGACUUUGUUUUACCAGCGAAGGCUGAAGGGGCAGAAUGAUUUCACAGAGCUGGAGGUGGUGCUGCAGGACGAGCGGAGGAAGGAACUUAUCAACGAGACGCACAUCACCGAAUACGGAGAUCACCUCAACCAGCAGCUCACCUGGGAGGUCAUUUCUCAGAAAUACUGGUGGAGAGGUAUCCUGAAGAACGUCAAAGAUCACAUCAGAGAGUGCGCUCACUGUCAGAGCAGACGCGGGGCUGAUGACGGCUCUGGAGUUCGGCUCUUCUCGAGGGUGGGGAGACGCAAAGCCAACAUGACUGAUGAUGAAGAGGGGGAGGAGGAGGAAGACGAAGGAGAAGAUGGAUUAUUCCCCACAGACUCUUCUUCUAACCAGAAAUCAAAGUUGGCCAAGACGAUGGCAAAGCAUGAGCUGGUCUUUGUGGACAGUAAAGGCGAGGUGAACCAGUUCAUGACUAAACACAGCCAAACCAUGCUGGACAAACUGAACCAGCAACGCCUCAACAAUCAAUUCUGUGACAUUACUCUGCUGAUCGAAGGAGAGGAGCACAGAGCGCACAAAGCUGUUCUGGCUGCGUGUAGUGAAUAUUUCAAUGAGCUCUUCUUUGAAAAAGGCGCCGCUUCAACACAUGAAGCUGUGCUCGACCUCUCAGGUUUCACCAAAGCUAGCUUCCUCCCCCUGCUGGAUUUUGCAUACACCUCCAUGCUCACAUUUAAUUUUUCCAUUAUGGCGGAUAUCGCCAACCUGGCACGACAUCUGCUCAUGAUGGAGGUGCUACAGAUCUGUGAGUCUGUGCACAAGCAAGUGGAGGCGCAGAGGCUGACAGUCUAUCAAAAAGGAGACGUUCACACAGUCGUGUCGAGCCAACCAGCUUCUCAGGAUGGCCCAAAGGACGAUUCAGGCGCCUACAUGGUCACCAUACAGAGCGACGGCCGGGCAGUGGUCACACAGGGUGGUGUGGCUGUAACGGGUGAACAAUUAGCUUUUGUUGAAGCUUCAGGAGAGGCAAUCAUCCAGCAGCAGGCCGCCGUAAUGACUGAAGCUGUAGAGGGAGACGUGGUGCAGCAGGUGGAGGCAGGACAAGGUGAAACAGUGACUUUGAUCACUCAGAGCGGAGGGGCCGAGCCAGGAGAGACGGUCACUCUAAUCUCCCGCAGCGCGGAUGGAGCAGAGGGGGAGACGAUGACCGUGGUCACCCACAGCGGACAGGCCGGGGCCAGUGAGUCUCUCGCUGUGGUGUCAGCCUGCCUCGCCAUGGAGCAACCACAGGUCACAGAAACAGAAGCAUUAGUCUUAAAGGUAGAUCAAGACAAAGUGGACUCAGCAGAGGCUGUCAGUGUUUCACCUGAAGCAGCAGCAACGCCUCAGGAGAGCGUAGAUCCAACACCACCACCCCAGAAACGCAAAAGAGGUCGACCAGCCAAAGUGAGGAAGGAGGUAGAGGUGGAGGUGGAUGAGUUUAUUCCUUUGGAGGAAGAUUCUUCUGUUGAUGAAAGCCACAGGGACAAACAAGACAUGGCGUCAGACGAGCUGAACAAGAGGAGACUCAGACAGCGCUCGAUAGUUGAGGGCGGGUACGCUCGUUUACACAUGGGACUGGAGGAAGAAGAGGAGGCAAAGAAAGGAUCAACCUCACCACGUGCCACCACACCAAAGGUUACACCAAGAACAGGCAAGAGAGGAAGACCGCCCAAGCAUCCAGUGGAGACACAAAGUGAAGGACAGUCUGUGUCUGAACCAGCAGCAGAUCCAGACGCCAGCACGAUGGAGGGUUCAGUCACAGCAGAGGUCAGCACAGAUGAGGCUGGGACGAAGGUGGAUGGCACAGAGAGUGGAGGAAAGAAGGAUAAAACUAAAGCAGAGGGCUCUGUAGAGGGAGAGCACACCUGCUCAGAGUGCGGCAUGUCAUUCCCCAGACGUUACUCUCUCAUCAUGCACACGCUAAAGCAUGAGAAGGCUCGAGGAUACAAGUGCACUCUUUGCAGUAAAGAGUUCCAGUACGCCGCCUCCCUCCGUGCUCACCUUGCCCGACACAAGCAGCAGAGCAGCCAGCGACCGCCCGUCAUCAAACCCCCUGCAGAGCAGAGCCCUGAGAGAAAAGCAGAGAGCGACCUGGAAGAAAAAGGUUCAUCACCUCAAACAAAGAGAGAAUUUGUUUGCGACAUCUGCGGGAAGACGUUACCGAGGCUGUACUCCCUGAGGAUUCACAUGUUGAACCACACGGGCGUACGACCUCACUCCUGUAAGGUCUGCGGGAAGACGUUCGCCCACAAACACAGCCUGAAGAUGCACCGAGCGCUGCAUGACGUCACCAAACAGUUCCAGUGUCAGUACUGCAAGAAGAGUUUUGUAAGCAAGCGGAGCAUGGAGGAGCACACCAGCGUCCAUACAGGUGAAUCAAAGUAUCUGUGCAACACGUGUGGAACAACUUUCCAUCGAGCCUCAGCCCUGAGCAAACACCUGAAGAAGCACCUGCCUCGGCCUGACGUCCGUCCUUUCCCCUGCGCUCAUUGUGAUAAGAGGUUCUUUGAGGCUAAAGACCUCCAGCAGCACAUGAACAAACACAUGGGUCUGAAGCCGUUCCAGUGUCAGGUGUGUGGGAAGUGUUACAGCUGGAAGAAGGACUGGUACUCUCACGUCAAGUCUCACAGUGUAGCCGAGCCCUUUAAGUGUAAUGUCUGUGGGAAGGAGUUCUUUGAGAAGGCUCUGUUCAGGAGACACGUGAAGAAAGCCACGCAUGGGAAGAAAGGGCGAGUGAAGCAGAACUUGGAGAGAGAGUGCGAGCACUGUGGGAGGAAGUUCACUCAGCUCAGAGAGUACAGACGCCACCUCAACAACCACCAGGGAGUGAAGCCAUUCGAGUGUCUGACCUGUGGCGUUGCCUGGGCCGACGCUCGUUCUCUCAAACGUCACGUCCGCACCCACACAGGAGAGCGUCCGUAUGUGUGUCCUAUGUGUCAGGAAGCCCACAUCGAUGCCCGGACUCUCCGUAAACACAUGGCCAAAUACCACGGGGACAACCUGCCUGGAAAGAUCAUGCUGGAGAAGGACACACUGCAGUUCCACAAUCAGGGUACGCAGGUGGAGCACGCUGUCAGCAUCCUGGCCUCAGAGCUGCCCCCUGAGCUCCGUCCGGCCCAGCAGACGCCCGCAGAGGAGAUCGAGACGGUACUGAUCACGGAGGAGACGGUGGAGGCGGUGGAGGCCGUGCAGGCUGUAGAAGCAGUGGGUGAAGGUUCGGUGGCGACGCUGUCAGACCAGGGCAUAAUGCAGGUCGUGAACUACGUCCUCGCUCAGCAAGCGCUCUCUGGGGCCAAACUGGAGGAAGCUCCCGAGGUGAUCCAGACCAUGGAGGUAGAGGUGGCUCAUGUGGCUGAGGUGGAAUAACAGAUCCACAUGUUUCUCACAGUCUGUAUAAAAUGUAACCAAGUGUAAAAGAAUGAUUUAUUUUUCUGAGAAUGUAAAUAUAGUCAGUGAAGCUUCAGCACAGUAUGAACUGUGUGCAAGAAAGUUUGGGCACAUGUGUCAUAUUUGUAUGUUCUGUGUAAAUAAAUAGAAAAAAAAGGAACAAGAUGGAUUGAAAUAAAGGUAGCAGUGA